CUCACAUUUGCAAUACACUUUCAAACAGCCAUCACUGCCCAGGUCCUCUCUGCUGUCACAGAGCUCUAAAAGCAGUCUUCUAAACGGAGAGGGAGAGAGAAAUCAAUAGGCACAGAGACAGACGAACGAAACAACUUCUGCUGGACAGACUUCAGAAACUGUGUGUGUGGCAGGGUGAAUGUCCUGUACCCUGUAACUAUGAAGGCCACAUAUGUGCUACUUUGCGUGGGUCUGGUUGUUCUUCCUGCUACAAUCUGUCAGUCUCCUGCUGAACGGGACUCUUACACAGAGUGUACAGAUGGCUAUGAGUGGGACGUGCAGACUCAACUCUGUCGAGACAUAAACGAGUGUGAGACUAUACAGCAGGCUUGUCAGGGAGAGAUGAAAUGCUUUAAUCACUAUGGUGGUUACCUGUGCCUUCCUCGCUCUGCCUCCGUGAUCACUGCACCUGAGCCCUCCAGCCAAUCAGAGCCCAGUGUGCCUGUGGAGAGUAACGAGGCCUUUAACCCCUGUCCUGUAGGCUACAGGGCCCAAGGAGAGUCCUGUGUGGACAUUGAUGAGUGUGAAUUGGACUUGCAUGACUGUCAGCCCAGCCAGGAAUGCAUCAACACCGUGGGCACCUACACAUGUCAGUGCCCUGACGGCUACAGCAAGAUUGGCAUAGAGUGUGUGGAUAUCGACGAGUGCAGGUACAGGUACUGUCAGCAUCGCUGCGUGAAUGUGCCAGGAUCUUUCUCUUGUGAAUGUGAGCCUGGCUUCCAAUUGGCAGGAAACAACAGAUCCUGUGUUGAUGUAAAUGAGUGUGAGAUGGGAGCACCUUGUCAACAAAGAUGUUACAACAGUUAUGGUACAUUUCUGUGUCGCUGUGAUCAAGGCUAUGACCUGGGACCUGAUGGCUUCUCAUGCAAUGAUAUUGAUGAGUGCAGCUAUUCCAGUUUCCUUUGCCAGUUUCAGUGUGUGAACGAGCCAGGAAGAUUCUCCUGUGUUUGUCCAGAAGGUUACGAGCUAGUUGGAACACGGCUCUGCCAGGAUGUGAAUGAGUGUGAGACAGGCACUCAUCAGUGUGGGGAGGGACAGGUCUGUGUGAACAUCCAUGGUGGACAUCAAUGUGUCAACUCCAACCGCUGCCAGGACCCUUACGUCCAGGUCUCAGAGAAUCGUUGUAUAUGUCCAGUGGUGAAGUCAGAGUGUCGUGACCUGCCUUUCUCCAUUGUGCAUCGAUACAUGAGCAUCACCUCCGAACGCUCGGUUCCCUCUGACAUCUUCCAGAUCCAGGCCACCAGCGUCUAUCCUGGAGCCUACAACUCCUUCCGCAUUCGUUCUGGAGAUGACAACGAUGACUUCUACAUUCGGCAAAUCAACAACAUCAGUGCCAUGUUGGUUUUGGCCAAAGCAGUGACUGGACCGAAGGAGUACGUCAUCGAUCUGGAGAUGGUGUCUGUCAGUCCUCUCGUGAACUACCAGACCAGCUCUGUUCUGCGUCUCUCUGUUUAUGUUGGGCCUCAUGCAUUCUGAGAGAGAUGGAGAGACAAACAUAGGAAAAACACUGUAUGAAUACAGUAUAUACAAUGCAGUAUAUACAAGAAUAUCUUUAUUCAGUCUAUUUCUGCUUUUGUGUGUUAAAAUUGGCAACAUAGUUCCACAAAUCACCACCUUAAUGAUGUGAAAUGAUCUUUUUUUGAGGCUGACUGCAGGCCGGUGACUGCAGGCCUAUUCUGGGAAGCGCUAAAGCAUCUGAACAU